AUGACCACCGAGGACAUCACUUCAAAUGUUCCGAGUAAACGCGGAUCAUCAGCCCUCCGAAUGGGGCCUCGAAAAAAGUCUCCACAUCUGAUCCACUUAUCUCACACAGAUGACACUUCGGUCGAACAACUGGAACAGAUGGAAGAGACUCCGCUGGAGGACUUCUCUGCUGACGAGCGGCAAGAGCAUCAUGUCUUCGAGCAGCUCUUAGACUCUUAUCCCGGCCUCCUGGAGCGAUUGAAGAACGGGUCUGAAGAGGAAAUACUUCACGUUGGAGAAUUAAUUGGCAAGGGAGCUGCGGGCGCAAGAGGCAACGAUACGAAGACACUGAAGUCCACAGUACUUGAUUGGAUUUCCCCAAAAGGAGACACGAUCCAGCCUCACUUACACAGAAAUUCAAAGAUCGACCGUGGAUUUAACCAUGAGCUUACAGGAUCCUUACUCUGUCCUGCUGGAAUGGAUUGGAACAACCCAGAGAAAACCUAUGGAGCGGCAAGAUGUCGGUCUGCGGAGACCAAUGGCCCAUUUUUUGGUCUCCUCAGGAGUCAAUUGCUUGCUUACAGGCACAUUUUCACGUCUCCGAGUUCAGUUGAAAAGGAGCCUAAAGCUACACGAUCCAGAAAUGCUCACCUCCAUGGCAUGAACUGUGUCACUAUUACUUCUAUAUCUUACAUUGCAACCCAGGUUCGAUUUGCUAUAAGUUCCUCCUCGGUGCUCUCAAGGACCAACACGACCACGGAUUCUGAAACAUUUUACCAUAGCCUCCUUGACCUCCUGGAAGACCCCGCAGAAUGCAAGGAAGUUGACAGACUGUUGACGUGGUGGAAUUGGCAAGUCUUUCCCACUUUGUCUGCUGCCAAGUGA